UUAUACAUAGGCCGCCUUUCGUUGGCGCACCAACACCACCCACUUGCACGCUCUCUCUCGUCUCUGUAUCCCAAGUCCCGUUCGCAGGCCCCCACUUUCGCACCCGCCCUUCUGAAGAGUACUCCCCGUAUAAUGGACAGCCUAGUUUCCCAGCACCCGGCCGCAUACAGCCAGUUCGCGAUCCAGGUCGACGCGCACGCCUUCCCCCCACCCUCCUCCUCCGCAUCGUCCUCCGCAUCCUCGUCUUCUUCACGAUCGGCUGCCCACGCCUACCCUGCCGACGCUUACGAUCACCGCUACGCCUCCUCCUCCCAACGCUACCCGGCCCCGUCGUCAUCGUCGUCCUCCCAGUACCAGCACCAACACGCGAGCCCGUCGCUGCAGAUCCAGACUGCGACCCCGGCGCCGCACGAGCACGAGCCCGACGAGCAGACUGCGCACCCGGCCCGCCUCGAGCAGCAGUCGCAGCAGCAGCAGUACCCCAACGCUGGAGUGGACGCCGAGAUGCAGGGGCAGUCGAUCGCGGACGCGCUGACGGACGCGCCGGGCCCGCACGGCGGGCUGAGCCGCCCGCUGACGCUGCAGGAGCGCGAGCUGCUGAACAACCUCGACAAGCUCAAGUUCUUCCUCGCGACCGCGCCGUCGCGCUGGAACUCGGACCCGUCCUCGUCCACCGCCGUCCCCCCGGCGCCCUUCGGCAUGGCCCUCAACACCAUGGGCGCCGCGAUGGGCAUGGGCAUGAACAUGAACGCGGGGAUGAACGGCGGGAUGGCGAUGGGGCAGCUCGCGCCGGCGGGGCACCCGCACAGCACGCACCCGGCGCUGAACCGGUUCCUGCUCCCGAACCAGGAGUACGUGAGCUGCGUGCUCUGGGGCGGGCUGUACCACAUCACGGGCACGGACAUCGUGCGCGCGCUCGUGUUCCGCUUCGAGGCGUUCGGGCGGCCCGUGCGCAACAUGAAGAAGUUCGAGGAGGGCGUGUUCAGCGACCUGCGCAACCUCAAGCCGGGCGUCGAUGCGUGCCUGGAGGAGCCCAAGUCGCCGUUCCUCGACCUGCUGUUCAAGUACCAGUGUAUCCGCACGCAGAAGAAGCAGAAGGUGUUCUACUGGUUCUCCGUGCCGCACGACCGGCUGUUCCUCGAUGCGCUCGAGCGUGACCUGAAGCGCGAGAAGAUGGGCCACGAGCCGACCACGCACGUCGUCGGCGAGCCCGCGCUCUCCUUCACGUACGACCCCAAGCGCUCGCUGUACGAGCAGUUCUCGAAGGUGCACGGUGCACGCGAGGGCGAGGGCGAGCUCGAGGCGGCCGUCCGCCGCGCCGACGAGGCGCGCGGAACCAGCGACGACGGCGCCGGCAGCAGCGACGGGCGCGCGCACUCCAAGAAGCCGAGCGCGCUGAGCGGCCCGAACUCGCCGUUCUUCCCGAUGUUCUCGCUCUUCGAGGGCUCGCCGACGUACAAGCAGCGGCGCAAGAAGGUGCCGAAGGGGCGCAAGUCCAGCCCGACCUCGGACGGCUCCCAGCAGCAGCAGGCGCAGUUCCGCGAGCCGCACGUGGACCGCUUCGGGCGGGACGUGCUGCGGCUGAGCGCGGAGGACAUGUUCGCGGCGGGCGCGCGCGGCGAGUUUGGCGCGAACCCGGACAUCGUCGUGUCCCAGAAGGAGCGCCAGGCGCGCGCGAUGGCUGCCGCCGCCGCGCAGGACAAGCUGCCCUUCCCGGGGGGCCUCAGCGGGCCUGGGGUCUCGGGCGCCGCCCCGCCCCAGGCGCAGCCGCAGGAGGGCAUGGACGUCGUGUAUGGCAUCCCGGCGACCGCGUCUGCGCUCGCGGGGUCUUUGGACUAUUCCCAACAGCAGCCUCAGUCGUACGUGCAAGGCAUGCACCCGCGCCCUCAGCUCGAGCAGCGGCACACGUACCCCAUGGUCGACUUCGCGCAGCACCCGCACGCGCGCACCGCCACCGAGCCCUCGUAUGCACUCAACCAGCAGCAACAGAUGCCCGCCGGGUGGUCGGCGGACGCAGGCAUGGAGAUGGAGGGCGCGCCGCGCACGAAAGCGUUCGUGUGCCCGCUCUUCUCGUGCGGACGCAUGUUCAAGCGGAUGGAGCACCUCCGGCGACACCUGCGCACGCACACGCUCGAGCGGCCGUUCCAGUGCGAGCAGUGCCAGAAGCGGUUCUCGCGCUCGGACAACCUCGCGCAGCACGUGCGCACGCACGACCGGCGCGCGGCCGCGGCGGCUGCCAUGGGCCAGAUGGGCAUGGCGGUCGGGGUGCCGGACGGCGGCGAGGCGGACGCGGAGGACGAGCUCGACACGGACGAGCUCGACCGCGAGCUGCAAUAUAUGUCUGGGGUCGGCGGCAUCACGAGCGUGCGGAUGUGCGAGGUCGAGGUGCAGGGCGCGGUGCAUGAGGUGCAGGGCGACGAGGAGGGCCUGCUCACAACGAGCGGGUCUGUCGCGCUCACUGGCGGCGCAGCGCCCCAGGACGGUGGAGACGUGGAGGGCCAGCGCCAGGCGAUGUUCUACGAUAGCACAGGCCAGAUCCUCCGCGCGUCCCCCGAGGCGAGCCCUUACCUGGCUGGACAGCCCUCGCCCGACUCGCAGUGGGUGAGUGUCCCCGCCGCGCCCCUCCCCCAGCAACAUCAGCAGCAGCAGCCCCCGGCGUCCGCGUUUGCAGGAGGUGCGACACCGAACAGUCUGCACCUCGCGAACGCACGCCUCGACGCGUCGUACCACACCGGCUCGAUGGGCGACUACGUGACCUCGAUCUCCGCCCCAAGCCACAAGCUCACCUUCGACCACGCCGCGCUCUACCCGCACGAGCUCGCGCUGAACGGCCCCGGGCCCAUCCGCCGCCACCGCAGCGCGACGCCGUCCAUCCCGCGCUACGGCGAGUCCAUCCGGCGCCCGUACAGCGCCGCGAUGUCGGACUCGGGCAACACGACCGUCGGCGCGACCCCCGCGUCGGCGCCGACGAGCCGCUCGUACCACCCGUACGCGAUGGCGGGCCACCACGCGGUGUCGCACUCGGCGCAGUCGAGCCCGAUGGCGUACACGGUGCCCCUGAGCGGCGGGUACGACGCGGCGCCCGGGCGCCAUACGGCGCACUCGCGCUCGAGCUCGAGCGGGCAGCUGCAGGAGCAGAUGCGGCACAUGCUCAGCCUCGAGCAGAUGGACGCGGGGAGCAUGGCGGCGCAGUAUGCGGCCGUGCAGGAGGGCCAGCAGCAGCAGCAGCAGUCGUACGCGGGCAUGUACCGCACGGACUCGCCGAUGCCGUAUAACGGUGUCGGCGACGCCGCGUACGAGAUGGAGAUCGCCCACCAGCACCAGCACCAACAUCCGCACCAGCAGCCCGCGUACCUCCAAGACCAAUACGUCGCCCAGCAGCAACUUCAGCAUCAACAGCAGUCCGAAUACUACGCCCACCCCCAUCACUCCCUCUGA